UUCAGUAGUCGAGCAAUAUAGGGAUUGGUGCCUGUUGCCAGGGGGUUGACUGUCUACUGCAAAGGUAGUUUGUAUGAUAUUUGGAAAAGAAGAAUGAUAUCAGAAUGAUUUCUACGAGAAAGGUGGCAGAAAGAUAUCCGUUGCAUUAUUUGGUUUGGUAUAAUAAAUACAAGGAGCUGGAAAAGGAACUUAGCACCAAGCAGGUUGACACCGAACAGCUCGACCCACGAGGCCGGACUCCAUUGCAUCUUGCUGUUACACUUGGAUUCCUGGAGUGUACAAGAGUCUUGUUAAAGCAUGGCGCAGAUGUUAGUAAAGAGAAUCAUAAUGGAUGGACAGGUCUCCAGGAGGCUGUAAGUACAGGGGACCUGGAGAUGGUACAACUUGUUCUUCACUACCGUGAUUACCAAAGAUCUAUUAAACGACUAUCAGGGAUCCCAUGCCUAUUGGAGAAACUCCGCCAGGCACAAGACUUUUAUGUUGAAAUGAAAUGGGAGUUUACAAGCUGGGUGCCCCUGGUCUCCAAGAUCUGUCCAAGUGACACAUACAGGGUUUGGAAAAGUGGACAGAACCUGCGGGUGGACACCACAUUGCUCGGCUUUGAUCACAUGACCUGGCAACGAGGAAAUCGUAGCUUUGUCUUCCGAGGACAAGACAACUGCGCAGUUGUGAUGGAGAUCGACCACGACCGACAAAUGGUUUACUCAGAGACUCUGUCGCUGGCGAACUUUGACCAUGACAUGCUGUUGGCUGCUGUGCAGCCCUCAGAAGAGCAAGUGGCAAGCCGUCUCACCACCCCCAUCGUCACCACCCAAUUAGAUACCAAGAACAUCUCAUUUGAAAGAAAUAAAUCUGGAAUCCUGGGCUGGAGAAGUGAGAAGACUGAAAUAAUAAACAGAUAUGAAUCCAAGGUUUAUGGAGCUUCCAAUGUGGAACUGGUCACCAGGACAAGGACAGAGCACCUGUCAGACCAGAACAAAAGUAAAAGCAAAGGUAGUAAAACUCCCCUCCAGUCAUUUCUGGGCAUUGCAGAACAACACGUUGGACCACACAAUGGGCAGGCCUUCAUCACUCAGACAUUCAGCAAUACCAAUCCAACAUCCAUUACUCCAGAGGAGUACUUCAACCUCAACUUCGAACUGGGAAAUCGUGAUAUUGGACGUCCCAUGGAGCUCACCACAAAAACACAGAAGUUUAAAGCAAAGCUCUGGUUGUGCGAGGAUCAUCCACUGUCCCUCUCUGAGCAGGUAGCUCCCAUCAUUGACCUCAUGGCAAUAAGCAACGCACUUUUUGCUAAACUUAGGGACUUCAUCACUCUGCGCCUGCCUCCAGGGUUCCCCGUCAAAAUAGAGAUUCCGAUUUUUCACAUCCUAAACGCACGUAUCACCUUUGGGAACUUGAAUGGCAGUGAUGAACCAGUGAACUCCAUCAGGAGCAGUCCUACCAGUGAGGCUCCAUCUCCCAGCAGUGACACUUCUAGUGUGAGCAGCUCCAGCUCCAUGACUUCAUGUCGUGGCUGCGAGAUGGACCCAGCACUCUUCGAGGUGCCCAGAGGCUACACUGUAGUGGGCAGCAAUCGGGAUUCCCUGAGAGAGGAGGAUGACGACCUCUUGCAGUUUGCGAUUCAGCAGAGUUUGCUCGAAGCAGGCACGGAAUAUGAUCAGGUGACCAUCUGGGAAGCAUUGACCAAUAGCAAGCCAGGAACACGCCCCAUGACCUGUGAGGAGAGGAAUGGAGAAAGAACCCCACAACACAACCAUAUGGGUCAGCCCAGCCUCCAGCACAUACCCAGCAAUCAACUCUACCCCAACUAUGAUGAGCAGUUGCGACUCGCCAUGGAACUCUCCACAAAAGAGCAAGAGGAGGUCGAGAAACGAAAGCAGCAGGAGGAGGAAGAAUUGGAACGCAUUAUUCAACUCUCACUCACUGAGAAAUAGUACCACCACUAUUCCUUACUCUUUCUUUCACAACAGUUUUUUUAAAUAUUAAAAGAAGUCAAAGUUAAAAGACGAUAGGUAAGGUCACAAGUCCAUGCAUUACUAUUGGGCACAAAGGAGUGCCAAGUGAAAAUCAGAGUUCACGGCUGAUUUACAGUUUUACAACUAAUGGUUGAAAAUGCAACUUUAAGAUAUGCCUGAACACCCCACACUUUAUUCUACUGUCUUUUGACUCAAGAGUAAUC